AUGGUCUCAUUACGCGAUGGAGCGAUCAAAUACAUCUCCAUGGAAAAUUGGAUGGCAUAUACGGGUCCAGUCAUAUUAAAUGCUCAACCUGGUGUAAAUAUUAUUGCUGCUGCAAACGGAUCUGGUAAGAGCGCAAUAGUUUGUGCUAUAGCAUUGUCACUGGGCUUUGAUGUGAGCAUUUUGUCUAGAGGAGAUAAUAUUAGAUCAUUCGUUAAGAGAGGUUCAACAAAAGCUGUUCUAAAGAUAGGUAUAGUGGACAACGCUAGUGCGAAUGGAAUCAUACAUAUAAAAAGAAGAAUCUCUCUAUCAGAAAGCAUUUCUAAGAACAAAUCCUCAGAAUCUGGCAACAAAUCAGAAGGUACGACCGUAAAACACAAUACAAACGUAAAGAAUGAAUGGUUUAUAGAUGACAAACCUGUAACAUUGGAUUAUAUAAAAUCACUACAUAUGAAACUAAACAUUCAAGUUAAUAAUUUGUUGACAUUUCUAGCUCAAGCCAAUGUAGGAAAAUUUGCAGCCAUGAACCAACACGAGCUAUUUCGUUCUACGCUCAAAGCUGUAGAUCCUCAACUAUAUACAGACUUAGAUUUGCUAAUAGAUUUGACGAAUCAAUUAAAGAGUAGAACUUCAAAGAGCCAACUAAUUGAACAGGAAUUGAACUCUUGUAACAUAAAACUCUCGGAGCUUAAUGCAAUAAAUGAUAGUAUGAUAAAACUUAGAGAAGCACAACUAUACAGUAGUAUAACCAAGCUGAGGCUUCACAAAAUCAAAGUGUCCAAUUUAAACAAAGGUCUUGCUACAACAAAGAAAAAUAUAGCCGAUUACAAUGGAUACAUUUCAAGGGAUGAGGGAGAACUGAAAAUGUUACAGCGUAAAUUUGAUAAAACUAAGAAAGAGGCUAAUAAUCUUCUAGAACAUGCCAAGGACAGGAUGAGAUCAGCUACAGAAUUGAAUGAUCUGAAUUCAACUGUAACUGUUAAUGGAGAACCACAUAAAGUUUUUGAGGAACCGAAUAAUAAUGUAAUUGAUAAGAUAUACUUUCAAUCCAUCACAAAUUUAAAGAAAUUACUAUCAGAUUUCAAAAGUGAGGUAUCGCGAAGAAAAAUCUCUGAAGACAAUGUUGAUAAACUAAAGGAAAAAUUAGAGUUUUUGAACAAAGAAAUUGCUUCAAUCCGUUCGACUAUGGUAAGUACAAACGAGCUUGUAGAUAAAAUAGCUGAAUGUAAAAUAACGGAGGAAUCCUUACGUUAUAGAUUGCAAAAAUUUAAUUCAAAACAAACGAAAAGUUUUAGUGAGACACAGCUUGAUUCCUUAUUAAAAAGAUUGCCAUAUACUAAGCGGGAACAUUUUAAUCUUUAUAUAAAGCACUGCCAGAAACAUAAUAUUACACCACAAAACAUCGUAAUUAAUGAUCUAAAGGUCAAUGGAAAAUUAAAUUGUUGUAUUGUAGAGGAAAGUUUAGGAAAAUAUCUAGAAUGCUUUAUUCUAGAUAACACUGAUUAUAACGCAAACAUUUCAUUAUUAAAAGAUUUUAGAUUGCCAAUGAUCACUAUACCAGAAGUGGAACAUAUAUUGUGUAAUGUUACACCAAAAAUGAAGGAAUUUGGUGUUGUUGCAUUUUUGCAUGAAAUAAUAGAUUCCAGCUCUAUUACUAAGCAAGUAUUAUCUAGUGUUGCUCAAAUAAAUGAAAGUUUUAUCGUAGAUGGUCGUAAGUUAAAUAUUAAUAAUAAAAAUGAGGGCUUCUAUACUAGAUUUUAUAAGAUUAUGAUUGAAGAAAUUAGUUAUCAAUUGGGUAGACCUAUAAAUACACUAAAAUAUUAUAUAGGUAACAAGAAACAUAUUUACAAACUGAUUCAAGGUAAUGAUGAUCUAUAUACAGAUACGGAAACUACAAUAAACCAACCAAAAAUUCUCAUUGAUUAUUCCAAUUAUCAAAAUUGUGGGAAUGAUCGUGAAGAUGUUGAAAAAAUACAAAUAGAAUUGAACCGUAUAACUGAUCAAUUAUAUUCACUAAAUAAACAAUUAAACGAACAAAACAAUGCAAAUAAACACAUAAGUCGUAAGCUAUAUGCCUUAACAAGACAGCAAAUUUCGGUAGAAAAAUCGUUAAAAUCUCUCUUUCCCACAUCAGAAUCACAGAAGGAUAGGAACUGGCGUACGGAGUUAAAAGAAACAAAAAUGAAGCAAAUUGAAUUUAUUAAUAAAGCCAUAUCAAUAAAGACUGAUAUUAUUAUGAAGUGGUUAGAAAAAUCAUCUGAUAUUAGAAACAACCUAUAUGAAGCCAAUCGCACAUAUAAAUUAUAUCUCAAUAGUGAAAUUGAGCUUAAGCAAAUUCAAGAUGCACUAAACACAUCUACAGAUGCCCUUAAGCUUCUUAAAACAAAGUUAGAAACUUUGCAAAAUACUCAAAAGGAACAAGAAGAAAGAAUCUCAUUUUAUAACGAUAGCAUUAGAGAAUUGGAGAACUCUAUUAAGAGUAGCAAGUUAUCGAAUCCAGUAGAUGGUAGCCAAAGGAAAAGUACAGCAGAAAUUAUUAAAGAAUUUGCUACAAAAAUUAACCAUCUAAAUGAAGGAGAAUUGGAAAAGGAGUUGAUUAGGGCUGAAAACCAAGUAAAACAGUUGGAGAGUGAUGAUUGUGAACAAUCUCAGAUUAUUAAAAAAAUAAACGAAGGUGAAAUGUUAAAGAUGAAGCUUAUACAAGAUCUGAAGGAUAUAAAACAAUCAAUUGAGGCUACAAACAUGGAAAGGAAUGCAAAGUUUUCAGAUUGGUCUACUGAAAUAAAAUCACUUGUAAAAGAAAUUGAUACAAAGUUUGGUAGAUAUAUGGAAUAUAUUGGUGAUGGUUCUGCUGGUCAAGUUAGAUUAGAUAUUGACUUAGAUAACAUUAAGGAAUCAAAGAUCAGGAUACUAGUAAAAUUUUCAAGAGAAAAGGAUCUUCUACCAUUAACAACAUCUUAUCAAUCCGGUGGUGAGCGUGGUGUUACCACUAUGGUUUACAUUUUGGCUGUACAAUAUAUCACCAAGAAUGCUUUUUUUGUGAUAGACGAAAUCAAUCAAGGCCUAGAUUCUCAUUAUGAAAGGAAGUUGAUGACACUCUUACUGGAUGAUGCCAUAGAUUUUCGUGAAGAAGUUUCAUAUGAUUCAAAGAAAGCAAAACUUGGUAGUCCGCAAUAUUUCAUCUUAACUCCUCAACUCAUCCCCGGGAUCGACUUGCGUAAAGCAACAUUACAUUUUCCAUUAAAUGGCUCUGGUAUUGGCUCAGAUUUGACUGUUUUAUGGUAUUGA